GACCCCUGAGUAACACAAAUGAUCCAGAUCUCUGUGACAGUGGCGGACUUCGACUGGACGAGUGGCCGUGGACCGCGCCCAAAAACAACGAAGCCAGUUUUUGCCCGUUCAGCGGCGGGUUUAACUUUAGAACCAUUCGUAGACUAACAAACGAGGAUUUCUGCGAGGAAGAAUGGCGCAGGUCUCGUCUGGAUAUUGAGUGCAUUAAGGGCGAUGGGAUGGACUUUAUUGCUCCAAGAGACAGCAACUGCAACCCUUUCCUGAAACAGGGGGAUUGGAAACGAUUGACCUGCUGGGUGGGCUGGGAGCACGAAGAUUAUGUGUUCCUCAUCGCUUCAGACGAGGGCAGCCAGCCACGGUACUGCCUGCGGUUUCCCCGAGUCCAAGAUGGCGAGUUCUCAGUUCUUGUGUACUUCAGUGUCAUCUGUCCCGUGGAGCAUGACGGGAAACCACACCAUGGAAUUGAGUACUACGAAUUGCGCAUGUUCCGAAAAGAUAAAAGCUCUUGCAAAGACGAAGACGAGGAGAAGUGCAGAGAAAUGAUCACCUCACCCGAGAUGUGUGUCAAGGACACUAUCUACGCCCCACACUGUCCCAAAACGUGUGGUCAAUGCGCCAUGAACGCCGUCUCUGACAUCAACCGGCGGCGUUGUUUGAUCGAACCAACCUUGUACGGUGACUGGCGAUUGAUUGACAACUUUGGCACCGCAGACGUGACGAUAGACAAAGACAAGGCGGUGUUCUCUCACCUAGGGACGUUCCAGUGUCUGGACAAAGACAACAAAGGGCGGAGAUACAAGAUGGCCUCUCUGUUUGAUAACGGUUGCUCGCCGAGAUACACGUGCAUGGAGUUCAACAGAAGAAACAACAACGUCCUGCAAUACAAACUGAGUCGCAGCAGACGAGCGGAGACAACCAUGGAUGAACUGUGUACCUUUCAGGACGAUUUGCCGCCCUUAUUGACCUCAUAUCGCAGUGCCCACUUCAAGAACUUGAUUUUAAUCAACCAUUUGUGGCCAUCCUACUGUGGCCUUCAGAGCGUCAUCCCUUUCAACGGCACCAUCCGGGGUCUCCAGUGCUCCGGUAUCGUCUCAGACUGGAAUGAGGACAAGUGUAACCUACUCGGCACCAUAUCUGUCAAGUCCACGUCUUGCCAGGAGCUGCAUGUUCCCUCGGAAUACCAGUGCAUUGCCUUCAUCCAAGACGAGGCCGUUCCGCUUCAGCAACUACUCCUGACCAAAAGUCUCGACAACAGACAUAUUUAUAACUGCUGGGUACUGACCAGCUACGCCGGCGGUGGCCAGAUGCCCUGGCGCGUCCUGUAUCAGCUGCCUACACCUCAGUGUUCACUGACCAUGGAGGUGGACUCUUUCACGGCUCGUGAUUAUACUGCCGCGCUGUCGCUGGAUGACAGAUCUCGCAGUAAAGUCUGCAAACCAGAAGACACCAGACAAAGACACGAACCCUCUCACCAUUCAAAACCCAAGGCUUCAGAUCUUCCUUACGCCGUGCCCAACCAGGACGAAGCAGCAGACUCUGAAACAGAAGUACACGUUGCUAGUCACCCACCUAAACCUCCGCCCUCGGCAGAACCCCCAUUUAUAGAUGAUGUCAACACGGAUCCGCCCAUGUGGGAUGUAUACGGCCGUGGGAAUUCAAUUAUCCACAGAACACUAUACAAAUAUGUGUUUUCUGUAUGGUUAUCAUUGAAGAUUUUCAGUGUUUCUUUAUGGAUAAUUCCACACAGAUGA